AAAUUUUAGUUACUAAAGUUUCUUCAAAUGACCGCAAAACGCUAGCGCUUCUUGUAUACACCUCCAUGGCUCCGUGCAUAUGUACGCUCGGUGUGAAAAGUGAACGAACACACCUAAACUUUAACAGCAUAUUUACUACGACUUUCCUCUUCUUAUUGUUAAAGCUAAAAAUGACAGAAUUUAAAACGCCGACAAACAGACGGAUUCGAACUCGAUUGGAACAUAAUUCUGAGUUCCAGGCGCCCAUCAAAAUACCGGCAUCACCAUUUUUGAAACAGAUAGGUUACGGAUGUGGUGUCAAUGUAUUUCAACUAGAAAGAUCUCCUAGAGUUGGUUGUUCUCGUUCACCUUGGGCAAUAAAAAAAAGAAAUGGAUGGGCAAAAGAUAAAAAAUACGAUGAAAGGAUUCGUCUAGAAGCUGAAAUUCUUCGGAACCUCAAACAUCCAAAUAUUGUUGGCUUCAGAGCGUUUACUAUGUCUGAAACUGGAGCACCAUGUCUAGCUAUGGAACAAUUAGAUAUUUCACUAGGCGACAUGAUUGAAGAAAAAGCUGAAAAUGUUAAUGGACCAUUUAAAGCAUCAGCAAUUCAAAAUGUUUCAUUUGAGAUUGCAAAAGGUUUAAAUUAUCUUCAUCAUAUUGUUCAAAUUUUACAUGGAGACGUUAAAAGUUAUAACAUUUUAGUUAGUAAAAAUUUAAACAUAGUUAAAAUUUGUGACUUUGGAGUGUCAGUUCCUAUUACAGAAAAGCUGGAAUUAGAUAAAUCAAAUGGAGAUUUCGUUUACACCGGAACUGAGUGUUGGAAUGCUCCAGAAAUAAUCACUGGAGAAGGUCCCGUGACCAACAAAACAGAUAUGUGGGCUUACGGACUUGUUAUUUGGGAAAUGAUUGCUCUCUCUCCCCCACAUAUUGAAAUUGAUGAGUCUAUGAACACAUCUGCUUUUGAUGACUUAACUUUCGAAGAUUCGAUGAAAUUACAAGACGACUCAAAAAUACAAUCUCUCGAUGAAAGUUUUGUUGAAGAAAAAUGCAAAGCAAAAUAUGGAACUCGUCCAGCUUUACCUGCAAUUGAGAUUGGCAUGGAAUAUACUAAAGUGCUCGAGAUAUUUUUCCUUUGCACAGAACAAGAUUAUAAAACGAGACCAAGCGCAAAAGGAGUUGUCAGUUACUUUAAUAAUCAUGUCAAACUUUCGAGCACUUGUGAAAAAACAAACAUCUAAUUGAUUGUGAAACUGAGUUUUUGUAGAGUUAUAUUAUACAGUCACUGGUAUUAUAUUAUUUUCAAAAAAUAUAUAUUUGUUUCAGAUAAUUAAUAUUACUAUCAAAAAAAUGAAAAUAAUAAUGGUUAAAAGCACACUGAAACAUCUGAUUUUUUUCUGUAAAAUAAAAAAGUAUAGAAAUUUA